UGCACCUAAUCAGCUGGCAAAGUACAAACUCCUAUCCUAAGCAGCUAUAACUAUACGAAUAAAAUAAUAAAUAAUAUAAUAAAACUAUGGCGGAAGACAAUUGCAUUUUUUGCAAUAUUUCCAGCGGCCAAGAGCCCACCAGUGUUUUGGAAGUGGAAACGGAUGAGUUUGUAAUUUUUAAGGACAUCAAACCCGCUUCUCAGCACCAUUAUUUGGCAGUUACCAAAAGACAUUACAACAGCCUCAAGGUUCUAGACAAGUCCCACGAUCCCAUGGUCGCACGGAUGGAAAGCAGUUUAAGGGAGUUCCUGACGAGCAAGGGGAUUUCUGACCAGGAUGCGUUGUUCGGCUUCCACUUGCCACCGUUUAUCACGGUCAACCACCUUCAUAUGCAUGCCAUUGCCCCACGGUCGGAAAUGGGCUUCCUAUCCAGAUUAAUAUUCAGACCGUCUGUUUGGUUUAAAACCGCCGACGACGCGCGUUUGUACCUUUCGCAAAAGGAAAGCUUACAGUGAAAUCGGACUACAGUAGAUAAUUAAUAGAAAUAUACUCAAUCGUGGUCAAAAAUAAUAAGAAAUAAAUAAAAAAAAUCCCCAGUCUUAUCCUAGUAA